AUGCCAAUCUACAAACACCACAUCGCCCUCUUGGGCGGGGGCACAAUCGGCCUCUCAAUGACAGCCCUCCACCUUCGCCGUCCAGACACAACGGUAACAAUUUACGAUCCACGCCCAGACUUCGAAGCUCAACUCCGGAACACACUGCCCACCUACCUAGACCCUUCUCAAAUCCCAACCCCGGAAGAAAAAGACGAAAACCUAUCCACCCUGCUAUCUACCCGGCUAACCCUGGCAACAACAAUCCAACAAGCCGUCCAAAACGCAACGAUAAUCCAAGAACAAUCCCCCGAAGUAACAGCCUCGAAACAGGCUCUCUGGCAAGAAGUCACAAAAUACACGCAGCCAGACGCACAUCUAUGGAGUAGUUCAUCUGGGAUCGCGGCCUCGGCUCAAAGUGCGCUUUGUAGUCCCGAUGUCGUGGAAAGAUUACUCGUUGCGCACCCGUUUAAUCCGCCGCAUGUUAUGCCGCUUGUGGAGAUUGUGCCUGGACCUGGGACUAGAAGUGAGGAGGUGGAGUUUGUUCAGAGAUAUUUUGAAGGAGUUCCGGGUCCGGGUUCGUCUGGGGAGCAAUACUACAGACCUAUCGUGCUUCAUAAGGAGAUUACUGGGUUUGUGGGGAAUAGACUUGCGUUUGCGUUGUUGCGGGAAGCUUGUUAUCUUGUUGGGGAGGGGGUUGUUUCAGUGAAGGACUUGGAUGCGCUUGUUAUGGCUAGUUUGGGGCCUAGGUGGGCUGGUAGUGGUGUUUUUGAGAGUUAUCAUGCGGGUGGUGGGGAGGGUGGGAUUGGGGGGUUUUUGGAGAAGCUGGCGCCCACGUUGGGGAAUGUUUGGGGGCAGCUGGGGGCGGUUGAUAUUGAUGGGGAGCAGGAUGGUACUGGGGCUUUGUGGAGGGAGGCUGUUGUGAGACAGGCCGAGGAGGCGUAUGGACCUUCUAUGUUAGCGGAAGAGCGUCGGAAAAAGGAGGUGAUGACGAAGGGUAUAGUCGAGAUGCAGAAAAGACUUCUGUGA